GGAGACAUAGUAAACCCCAUUUCAGAUGAUGGAAGCUCUGAAGCCAUUUACUUGCAGCAGCCUUUCAAAUACUUUGGACGCGUAUACAAUCAGAUCUAUGUGAACAACAAUGGUCACUUGACGUUUACUCAACCACUAUCUGCCUACGUCCCUUACCUGAACGCUGGAAUAGACAUCAUUGCUCCUCUAUGGACUGACCUUUUCAAUGUAGAUGGUGGAACGAUCUCCUAUAGAGAGGAUACAAGCAGUGCUGUACUGGCACAAGUCACUGAAGCUGUUCAACAAUAUUUCCCUAACGUGACUUUUACUGCUUCAUCAGCCUUUGUGGCUACAUGGGACAGUGUCCCGUACAUCACUGGUGGAGGGUCGGUCACUUUCCAAGUGGUUUUAGCCUCCAAUGGGGAACGCUCUUUCAUCCUGAUCAACUAUGGUGAUAUUGCAGAAACAGGACAAAUUUGGCUGGCUGGUUAUGACACAGUGGACUCUGUCAAUUCUUUCACAAUUCCAGCGGCCAGUGCCCCAGAACUCUCAUCCAGCAGUAAUAUCAAUGUGGAUGGUCGCUGGUCUUUCCGCGUUGAUGGAUCGGCAUACUCUAAUUUCCUGCCAUUUGGGGAUGGAGACAUGGUAAACCCCAUUUCAGAUGAUGGAAGCUCUGAAGCCAUUUACUUGCAGCAGCCUUUCAAAUACUUUGGACGCGUAUAUAAUCAGAUCUAUGUGAACAACAAUGGUCACUUGACGUUUACUCAACCACUAUCUGCCUACGUCCCUUACCUGAACGCUGGAAUAGACAUCAUUGCUCCUCUAUGGACUGACCUUUUCAAUGUAAAUGGUGGAACGAUCUCCUAUAGAGAGGAUACAAGCAGUGCUGUACUGGAACAAGUCACUGAAGCUGUUCACCAAUAUUUCCCUAACGUGACUUUUACUGCUUCAUCAGCCUUUGUGGCUACAUGGGACAGUGUCCCGUACAUCACUGGUGGAGGGUCGGUCACUUUCCAAGUGGUUUUAGCCUCCAAUGGGGAACGCUCUUUCAUCCUGAUCAACUAUGGUGAUAUUGCAGAAACAGGACAAAUUUGGCUGGCUGGUUAUGACACAGUGGACUCUGUCAAUUCUUUCACAAUUCCAGCGGCCAGUGCCCCAGAACUCUCAUCCAGCAGUAAUAUCAAUGUGGAUGGUCGCUGGUCUUUCCGCGUUGAUAGAUCGGCAUACACUAAUUUCCUGCCAUUUGGGGAUGGAGACAUAGUAAACCCCAUUUCAGAUGAUGGAAGCUCUGAAGCCAUUUACUUGCAGCAGCCUUUCAAAUACUUUGGACGCGUAUACAAUCAGAUCUAUGUGAACAACAAUGGUCACUUGACGUUUACUCAACCACUAUCUGCCUACGUCCCUUACCUGAACGCUGGAAUAGACAUCAUUGCUCCUCUAUGGACUGACCUUUUCAAUGUAGAUGGUGGAACGAUCUCCUAUAGAGAGGAUACAAGCAGUGCUGUACUGGCACAAGUCACUGAAGCUGUUCAACAAUAUUUCCCUAACGUGACUUUUACUGCUUCAUCAGCCUUUGUGGCUACAUGGGACAGUGUCCCGUACAUCACUGGUGGAGGGUCGGUCACUUUCCAAGUGGUUUUAGCCUCCAAUGGGGAACGCUCUUUCAUCCUGAUCAACUAUGGUGAUAUUGCAGAAACAGGACAAAUUUGGCUGGCUGGUUAUGACACAGUGGACUCUGUCAAUUCUUUCACAAUUCCAGCGGCCAGUGCCCCAGAACUCUCAUCCAGCAGUAAUAUCAAUGUGGAUGGUCGCUGGUCUUUCCGCGUUGAUGGAUCGGCAUACUCUAAUUUCCUGCCAUUUGGGGAUGGAGACAUGGUAAACCCCAUUUCAGAUGAUGGAAGCUCUGAAGCCAUUUACUUGCAGCAGCCUUUCAAAUACUUUGGACGCGUAUACAAUCAGAUCUAUGUGAACAACAAUGGUCACUUGACGUUUACUCAACCACUAUCUGCCUACGUCCCUUACCUGAACGCUGGAAUAGACAUCAUUGCUCCUCUAUGGACUGACCUUUUCAAUGUAGAUGGUGGAACGAUCUCCUAUAGAGAGGAUACAAGCAGUGCUGUACUGGCACAAGUCACUGAAGCUGUUCACCAAUAUUUCCCUAACGUGACUUUUACUGCUUCAUCAGCCUUUGUGGCUACAUGGGACAGUGUCCCGUACAUCACUGGUGGAGGGUCGGUCACUUUCCAAGUGGUUUUAGCCUCCAAUGGGGAACGCUCUUUCAUCCUGAUCAACUAUGGUGAUAUUGCAGAAACAGGACAAAUUUGGCUGGCUGGUUAUGACACAGUGGACUCUGUCAAUUCUUUCACAAUUCCAGCGGCCAGUGCCCCAGAACUCUCAUCCAGCAGUAAUAUCAAUGUGGAUGGUAGCUGGUCUUUCCGCGUUGAUAGAUCGGCAUACACUAAUUUCCUGCCGUUUGGGGAUGGUGAUGUAGUAAACCCCAUUUCAGAUGAUGGAAGCUCUGAAGCCAUUUACUUGCAGCAGCCUUUCAAAUACUUUGGACGCGUAUACAAUCAGAUCUAUGUGAACAACAAUGGUCACUUGACGUUUACUCAACCACUAUCUGCCUACGUCCCUUACCUGAACGCUGGAAUAGACAUCAUUGCUCCUCUAUGGACUGACCUUUUCAAUGUAGAUGGUGGAACGAUCUCCUAUAGAGAGGAUACAAGCAGUGCUGUACUGGAACAAGUCACUGAAGCUGCACAAUAUUUCCCUAACGUGCCUUUUACUGCUUCAUCAGCCUUUGUGGCUACAUGGGACAGUGUCCCGUACAUCACUGGUGGAGGGUCGGUCACUUUCCAAGUGGUUUUAGCCUCCAAUGGGGAACGUUCUUUCAUCCUGAUCAACUAUGGUGAUAUUGCAGAAACAGGACAAAUUUGGCUGGCUGGUUAUGACACAGUGGACUCUGUCAAUUCUUUCACAAUUCCAGCGGCCAGUGCCCCAGAACUCUCAUCCAGCAGUAAUAUCAAUGUGGAUGGUCGCUGGUCUUUCCGCGUGGAUGGAUCGGCAUACACUAAUUUCCUGCCGUUUGGGGAUGGAGACAUAGUAAACCCCAUUUCAGAUGAUGGAAGCUCUGAAGCCAUUUACUUGCAGCAGCCUUUCAAAUACUUUGGACGCGUAUACAAUCAGAUCUAUGUGAACAACAAUGGUCACUUGACGUUUACUCAACCACUAUCUGCCUACGUCCCUUACCUGAAUGCUGGAAUAGACAUCAUUGCUCCUCUAUGGACUGACCUUUUCAAUGUAGAUGGUGGAACGAUCUCCUAUAGAGAGGAUACAAGCAGUGCUGUACUGGCACAAGUCACUGAAGCUGUUCACCAAUAUUUCCCUAACGUGCCUUUUACUGCUUCAUCAGCCUUUGUGGCUACAUGGGACAGUGUCCCGUACAUCACUGGUGGAGGGUCGGUCACUUUCCAAGUGGUUUUAGCCUCCAAUGGGGAACGCUCUUUCAUCCUGAUCAACUAUGGUGAUAUUGCAGAAACAGGACAAAUUUGGCUGGCUGGUUAUGACACAGUGGACUCUGUCAAUUCUUUCACAAUUCCAGCGGCCAGUGCCCCAGAACUCUCAUCCAGCAGUAAUAUCAAUGUGGAUGGUAGCUGGUCUUUCCGCGUUGAUAGAUCGGCAUACACUAAUUUCCUGCCGUUUGGGGAUGGUGAUGUAGUAAACCCCAUUUCAGAUGAUGGAAGCUCUGAAGCCAUUUACUUGCAGCAGCCUUUCAAAUACUUUGGACGCGUAUACAAUCAGAUCUAUGUGAACAACAAUGGUCACUUGACGUUUACUCAACCACUAUCUGCCUUCGUCCCUUAUAUGAACGCUGGAAUAGACAUCAUUGCUCCUCUAUGGACUGACCUUUACAAUGUAAAUGGUGGAACGAUCUCCUAUAGAGAGGAUACAAGCAGUGCUGUACUGGAACAAGUCACUGAAGCUGUUCACCAAUAUUUCCCUAACGUGCCUUUUACUGCUUCAUCAGCCUUUGUGGCUACAUGGGACAGUGUCCCGUACAUCACUGGUGGAGGGUCGGUCACUUUCCAAGUGGUUUUAGCCUCCAAUGGGGAACGUUCUUUCAUCCUGAUCAACUAUGGUGAUAUUGCAGAAACAGGACAAAUUUGGCUGGCUGGUUAUGACACAGUGGACUCUGUCAAUUCUUUCACAAUUCCAGCGGCCAGUGCCCCAGAACUCUCAUCCAGCAGUAAUAUCAAUGUGGAUGGUCGCUGGUCUUUCCGCGUGGAUGGAUCGGCAUACACUAAUUUCCUGCCGUUUGGGGAUGGAGACAUAGUAAACCCCAUUUCAGAUGAUGGAAGCUCUGAAGCCAUUUACUUGCAGCAGCCUUUCAAAUACUUUGGACGCGUAUACAAUCAGAUCUAUGUGAACAACAAUGGUCACUUGACGUUUACUCAACCACUAUCUGCCUACGUCCCUUACCUGAAUGCUGGAAUAGACAUCAUUGCUCCUCUAUGGACUGACCUUUUCAAUGUAGAUGGUGGAACGAUCUCCUAUAGAGAGGAUACAAGCAGUGCUGUACUGGCACAAGUCACUGAAGCUGUUCACCAAUAUUUCCCUAACGUGCCUUUUACUGCUUCAUCAGCCUUUGUGGCUACAUGGGACAGUGUCCCGUACAUCACUGGUGGAGGGUCGGUCACUUUCCAAGUGGUUUUGGCCUCCAAUGGGGAACGCUCUUUUAUCCUGAUCAACUAUGGUGAUAUUGCAGAAACAGGACAAAUUUGGCUGGCUGGGUAUGACACAGUGGACUCUGUCAAUUCUUUCACAAUUCCAGCAGCCAGUGCCCCAGAACUCUCAUCCAGCAGUAAUAUCAAUGUGGAUGGUCGCUGGUCUUUCCGUGUUGAUGGAUCACCAAACUCUAAUUUCCUGCCGUUUGGGGAUGGUGAUGUAGUAAACCCCAUUUCAGAUGAUGGAAGCUCUGAAGCCAUUUACUUGCAGCAGCCUUUCAAAUACUUUGGUCGCGUAUACAAUCAGAUCUAUGUGAACAACAAUGGUCACUUGACGUUUACUCAACCACUAUCUGCCUACGUCCCUUACCUGAAUGCUGGAAUAGACAUCAUUGCUCCUCUAUGGACUGACCUUUUCAAUGUAGAUGGUGGAACGAUCUCCUAUAGAGAGGAUACAAGCAGUGCUGUACUGGCACAAGUCACUGAAGCUGUUCACCAAUAUUUCCCUAACGUGCCUUUUGCUGCUUCAUCAGCCUUUGUGGCUACAUGGGACCGUGUGCCGUACUUCACGGGUGAAGGGUCGGCAACUUUCCAAGUUGUUUUAGUCUCCAAUGGUGAUCGCUCUUUCAUCCUGAUCAACUAUGGGGAUAUUGCAGAAACAGGACAAGUUUGGCUAGCUGGCUUUGACACAGUGGACUCUUCACACUCGUUUGUCAUUUCAUCAUUGAGUGCUGCUGAACUGUCAUCCAACAGCAAUGUCAAUGAUAAUGGUCGUUGGGUUUUCUUUGUUGAUGGUAGUCACGAUGUUUGUGAUACUUGCACUGAAAAUGAGGUUUGUCAGGAGAGAGGUGGUGUCAAUGGCUGUGCUUGCUUGGAUGGACAAAAUCAUGAAAUCUUUGAUGCUGUGGAGUCUUGUGCCAGCAGCACUGGGUCCAUGUCUCUGUCCCGCUGCCAGCUCUUUGAAUCUGGUUUUACUCCUGAGAACCUGCAUUUAAAUGAUCCAAACUGCCAAGGAACCCUUGAGCAUGGCAGGCUUGUAUUUCAAUUUGACAAUGAGGGCCACGUAUGUGGUACCAUUCUGAUGAGCAACAGGACUCACUUCAUUUACCAAAACUCCAUUCAGUCUAACUUAAGAAGCACUGGCCAGAGCCUCAUUUCAAGAGAGAGAUGGCUGAACAUUACUUUUUCUUGUGCAUAUCCUCUGAUCCAGACCCUAUCUAUGCCCAUGGGUAUCCAAGCUGAAGGCGGUGAGAUGAGUCUGGAGCUUCCUGCUGGCCAGGGCACAUACCAAGUCCGCAUGAUUCCCUACCAUGAUGCACAGUUUACUAUCCCAUUUGAUGGGGAGGUGGAAAUACAGGUGAACCAGCAGAUGUAUGUGGCUGUUGAGGUGAAUGGAGUGGAUAGAAAUCAAAUCGCUACGGUUCUAGACAACUGCUGGGCCACACCUGUUAAUGAUAUUGACUAUCAUAUUCGCUGGAGUCUAAUUACUAGAGAAUGCCCCAACCCUGAAGAUGGCACAGUGGAGGUUCUUCAGAAUGGUAAUGAUACAACAAGCCAUUUCUCCUUCAGGAUGUUCACCUUCUCAGGAAUCUCUGACCGCAUCUUCCUGCACUGUCAGGUUCAUCUCUGCCUUGUACAGAAUGGCAGAUGUGCACUGUCCUGCGAUCCUGGAUAUAGACGCAGAAAGCGCAGAUCUUUGGAUUUCCAUCACUCGUCUGCGAUCACCAUGGGUCUUUAACAAAGCUGAAUAACCAUGAUGAAUGAAAGAUCCUUCAUUUAUAUCAAAAUACUUUGUGUGAAUGAUCUAAAUCUAAGAUUUCUAAAUAUGAAUUUGAAAGCACUUCCUUGUCUUUAAACAUCCAAUCAGAGAUAUUUUAAAUAAACACAUCACCAAUGAACACCAACUGCUAGGUGAAAAGGGACUUUUAACUCAAACAUUGAUGCGCAGAAAAAACAAAAUCUCUGUAAUAACCACUCUAUUCAUGUAUUGUUUUAUGGUUAAAGAGGAAGUGUUAUUCAAAUACAUAACUAAAUUCUUCUAGAUUAGUGGAUGGGUAUGACUAAAAUGUACCAUUUACUGUUAGUUUAAUUAAUGGAAUUAAUUAAAGGCUUUCUGUCUUUCUCUUUGUUCAAGGAGUAAUUUUGGAAAUAGACCAGACUAUCCUUGAAUAAACCUGCUUAGCAAUGAAGAAAAGA